CGUAGCUUCUUGACUGACGUCAACUGUCAUAGCUGUCAUUGUGUAAAUGAUUUUGUCUUUAUUUAUAUUUUACUUUGCUUUGCUUGUGCCGAUCCUUUUGCAAUGAUGUCGUUUAUAGAAAUAACAAUUUUCCUACAGCUUGUCUGUUGCUUUCAUUGAUUUCAUUUAAUUCCGUUUUGUAAAUUGUCGGAUGUCGGCAUAAACAACACACACAUGGUGGUCGGUGUAAACGAGUGAAGUUGUGCAAAAUGUCAAACCCCAGUCAACAUGUUUCGGCACCGCUUUUUCAUCAUUUCAUAACAAACUUGUGCCGUACGGUGAAAAAUGUUGUCGAGCAACUUUCGUCCUUAUUUACUAUGCGUAGGUCGCUAUGGCCAACGCACGUUGGUCACCAGGCCUCUUCCGAGCAAGGAGCACGAGUAUACGAACCAACCGGAAUACCCAGCCAUUCAAGAUUUAAGCUAUCCGGCCAAGAAAAAGCGCGAACGAGAAUCAUGGCACCAGCGGAUUGCAAAGCUAAGCACGGUCGAGGAGAAGCUGUUUGAAAUUAACAUGCCAAAAUACUACGGAUACAAAGCGAAUAUGCUGACGGACGACAAGUUCCCGUACAACAUCAAACCGUUUGUGCAGUACGCGACUAGAACGAGCUUUCAAAAAGGCUUACCCCAGUUCUAUGAUCCGGUUAAAGAGAAGUCGACAAAAAUUCUUGCAACCAUACAAAGCGAGCUCGAGGACACGAUUGCAUUUGAGCUUUCCGGCUACAGCCACCUUAUGCGCGACGGAAACGUUUCUCCUAUGGAGAGAGAGGAAACGGUUGCUAAAUCCCUGUUGAUGCAGCUUCACCGCGCCAUAGUUAAUGCACUCGCGCCAGAUUAUAGUCAUUUGAGAGAGAUUGAAACAGAUUUCGAUCCACGGCAUGAAGCAUUCUGGUUCCUUGGAGGCAUUUAUCCACCGAAGUUGGUGCGCAAGAUUAAGGAAGGUAUGGAAUGGCAGAAGCAGUACGCCGACGAUCCGUAUGAUCGCAACAUUCAAUACGUGGGAAAGCCGCACAUGGCCAUAAGACACAAGCAUCUGCUGGAGCCUUUUCUGUCGAAGGAUUUGCAAUCUUUGGACGUUAAGCAGGAUGGCAUCGAAGUACCGGACUACCGGUACGAUCCGCUAGCGUUGGGAUAUAUGACGAACUUCCGGCAUGCUACAACAGUGCCAGGGUUUUGGCCCGGGGAUCAGCACGAGUUUGGCUUGAUAUCAUUUCAACGACGAACUCACGCACUGGAACGCCAUAAGUACUGUGCGGUUAACGAUCUGGAUGAAGCUAUCCAUGCGCAAGGCAUUUUGUCCAGCUUUGCUUGGUUGCUGGGUCAGGCCUGCUACCAGGGCUUCUCCGUGUUUAACGAUGUAACGUACCCGUUAGUCACCCAGACUGUUGUAACAAAUGGCAAACACUGGUCAUUUUAUGCGUAUCAGCUCAACACGACGCUACUUCACUCGGAUCAAGUGGACGCCAACAAUCGAUACAAUCUGUGCUGGGGGACGGAAGCUUUGCAACUGUACGAAUCGAUCGAUGAAAAUGGUAAACUGCACGGCCUUAAUAGCGAUGUUCUGCUUCAGCUGAUAAUGUUCUACAUCAAUGCGCCAAAGGAACGUACGGAAGUGAAUCUUAAGCCACAUCUCUGCCCAAGGGAAACCCGAGUAGCAGACAUUGAGGAUGAAAAUCGACGAAUGUUUAUGGAGCAAGCGUACAAGCACUUGGUGUCGAAUCGGCCCCGUCACCGACUGGUGCCGGAAGUGUACCAGUGGGAAAAAAUCUACAAGAUAGACCACAAAACUCGCCCGAUGGACGCUAAGCGCAGACCGUUCGAGUUUGGCGAAAAUAUGUACAAGCGGCGGUUGGACGAGCAUGCACUGAAAUACAUUCCUCGUGCUGUGCGUCCGGGUGGCCCGAAGAGUAGACCGAAGUUUGAAUCGACCUACUAUCCCAACGUACGGAGGCAAUAAGCUCUUUACUGCAGCAGUUCACUGAAUAGAAGCAGUACUGUGCUGUGCUGGCAGUAAACUUAUCGCGAUGAAACGCAAUCUACCUACCAUUACGCAUCCGAAAGAGGAAAUAAACCUUUUAAACAAUUGAA